GCAGUUUAAUCAUGGUUUUGUUUUGUUUUGUUUUAGCUGGACAAACUGUUUGCAUGAACUGUUUCCUUGAAUUAUUGAACAAUAAUUUGCUUGUGAAUACCAAAAAAAAAAAAUGAAGAGCCGAUUUCUGAAGGCUUUAUAUGAUUAUAGCUUUGGUUUUCUGGGAUAACAUGAUUGAUUGAUUACUCUUGACACUACGCUCGAUCAAACUGCUCUCAGAAAGUUCGAGUUCUGACACAUAAAGAGAAAGAAAGGAGUUUCUGCUGGGAAGGAGCUGAGUGUUUUGAAUUUCAUUGGAGAACUGGAUAGCAAUUAAUGAUGGAUGAGUAUAUUGAUCUUUAUUUCCCUUCUGCAUCAUGGGCAGAUGGAGAUUUUAAGGAAAAAUCAUCUUGGGGCUACAGUGAAACUGGUCAACUGAAUUUGCUGCUUCCUGCCUCAAUUAGACUAUAUGAAAAUGACAAAGGAAACCCACCCUUAAGUAUGAUUAGUUCAAAACCAAGCGUGGAGUGUAUACACACUCCAGAUAAGUCACCACUCACUCUUGGUAGUGAGUCAAAUUAUGCUGUUGACAAAUGUCUAAUUUCUGGGAACGCUCAAUUGCAAAAGGUCAGUCAAAACUGCAGGGGCAAAGUCUCCCCAACAAUGAAUGGCAGCUUAAAAGUUGGAAGUGUCGGCCUGCAAUAUGACACAUCUCUUCCCACACUGGCGUCAUUGAAUCUUAGUUAUCCAAAGCAGCUUCCAGUGGUUGAUGAAUUAACAUCGUCUCUUUCCCUUACUGAGGUUUCCCUUACUGAGGCAGGCAAUGUUGGACACGAUGGCCUUGACAGUGAACAAUUUGAGUAUCACAGGUCCAUCAAAGAUAUGCAUAAUCUAUCAAUGGCAAAAGUGUGGCCUUCAGCAUCACAUGAGGGUGUUUCUUCUAUAUCUGCUCUGAUGGGACAAGACAUGGUGCAGCAAUUUGGUGUUCAAGAAGGAAAUUUGGAUGACGAAAGUGACUUUAUGAGGAAGAGGCAUGUUAGCAUGGAUCAAAUUCUGCAACUUGAUAAGUUGUCUGCUACAGUCACAACAAAGGAUAAGGAAGAUUUGCAAAGUUAUCCAUUCUCUUCUUUCACAGCUGGGCCAAAUAUAACAAUGGCGACAAAUGAAGCAUUGUUUCUUUCACAGACUACAUCAGCUGCUCCUGCUUGUGACAGAACUGUAAAGCCUCGUGUAAGGGCACGCCGUGGCCAGGCUACUGAUCCACACAGUAUAGCUGAAAGGCUUCGGAGGGAAAAAAUUGCUGAAAGGAUGAAGAAUCUGCAAGAACUUGUUCCUAAUUCUAGCAAGAUUGAUAAGGCAUCUAUGCUUGACGAGAUCAUAGAGUAUGUCAAAUUUCUUCAGCUCCAAGUCAAGGUACUUAGCAUGAGCAGAGUAGGAGCAGCAGGAGCAAUCAUUCCUCUCAUCACAGAUGUUCAAGUUGAGGGUUCUAACAGUCUGUCACUCGCACCAUCAGCUGGUUUGGGAAUUGAUAUUUCUCCAUCUCCAGACGAAGUUGCCUUUGAGCAAGAAGUGCUUAAGCUCAUGGAAUCCAAUUUGACUACUGCCAUUCAAUAUCUUCAAAGCAAAGGCCUCUGCCUCAUGCCCAUCGAUUUAGCUACUGCCAUCUCCAGGGGAAAGGCACCGUUAUCAUGCAAUGGAUCUGAAGAGGAGCAGAAAAUUAGCUUUGCCAAUGAUCUUGUUCAUAGCAACAGCAUCAGCCGCAGUAGAAACUGCAGCUUUUCUGGCACCGAGACCCAUCAAGUGUCAAACGAUGACAAUAUUAUGACCGAGCAGCUCAGCAAAGGCAACAUUUCAAAUGUGUGCAAUGGGAUGGUCAAAGGAGAGAAGGCAAAGAAUAAUUUUCUCAGAUAAUCAAACCCUAAAACAGUACUUUAAUAAUCUAAUCAUGAAUCAAAUUUUGAAGCUGAAACCAUUUAGAUGAGAAAUUCUAAACUUUAAUAAAGCUUUUGCAGUGCAAUUUGUUCA